GGUUUAGACGAUAUAACCCAAUCCGACACCCGAAUCUCAUAGUCCCUUCUCCGUCAAAACCCUAAUUUCUCAUCCCCUCGAACUUUGAUUACAAUGGCGAAAUCAAUGAGAUGCAAGAGGGUGAAGAGAUUGAGAGCUAUUAGAAGAGAAAUAGUGGAGAAGGAAGCAUUCACUCUAACGAGAGACGACGCCAAAUCCGCCGCCAUCGAAGCCGCACUCGCCGCCCCCAAAUUACCUGUUCGUCAGCCACCACCUUCUCCGUUCAUGGAAGUUGCGACCCCCACUCCCGAGUCUACCUCUGCCUCCGUUCAUGAUAUGGAAAUGGAUGAUGAGAAGCGUAAUAAGUCUCUUAAACCCAUCGGGAGGAAGUUGAAGAAGAAGUUUAAGAUGGGCAUGAAGAAUCGUCGCAGCAAGGGUUUCCUUCGAGGCAAGCGUGUCUAAGUUCCCAACUUUUGUUUUGUUUUGUUUUCACUUCUAGUUCUGUUUCACCUCUCAUAACUAUAUGUUCCCUGAAUAUUUCUUAAUUGUCUUAGAAAUUGUCUUGUUUUGCACUUUUAUUUUUAGCCACUUUAAAGUAUUAUAGACCUAAAAAGACAUGUUUUGAAACUAAA